GCGAUGCAAAAACGGGUACACGCGGUACGGCCCUGACUGAGUUAAAAGGAGGCAUUCUACCGUGAUAAAUUUUACCAUAGCGGCGAGUGGGGCGGCUCUGCUCACUCGGAGAGAGUGGCGUUAGUUCAUAUAUACCGUGGUGCGCGGGCCAUCGCACGCAUUUUCGAUACCGCCGUUGCCAAUUUCCAUUCCUCCCAACGGUACAACGUUGAUCACGUGUCCUCCUCGCACUUUCUCGCAGGAUGUCGUCUCUAAUCGGGCUCGCCCUCAUCGCCGCCUCGAUCAUCGGGCCCGCCUUCGCCGAACUGCCGCCUGGUGUACGGUCGUGUCCACGAUCGACCGACUUGAUACAAUACAACGUGUGCGUGCUCCAACAAUUGAACGCCAUAACGCCUUACCUCGCGAACGGGAUCCCCUCGUUGAAGCUGCCCGCCCUCGAUCCGCUCUUCCUCCCCUCGUUGACCGUGGACAGGAACCUGGAGACGUUGAAGAUCAAGGCGAACAUGAGCCAGAUCCGCGUUUACGGGGCGACGAAUUUCGCGAUCGACGAUUUGAAGGCGAACCCGAACGACCUGUCGGUGAGCAUCAAGGUUCGGCUGCCGCACGUGCACAUAAACGGGAACUACGACGUGCAGGGAAGAUUGCUGUUGCUCCCGUUGAACGGGGCCGGUAAAUUCAGAGGGAAUUUCACCGAGACGAAGGUGGACGUGCAGGCACAGGGCAAGGAAGUGACGGACGCGAAGGGGGUGCAGAAGAUCGAGAUCGACAAGUUGGUGACGAAAAUUCGGGUUGAAAAUGGGAACAUCGAGCUGAAGGCUCCUCCCAACCACAGUGCAGCUGCCGAAGCUGCAGCAACGUUCUUCAACUCGAAUCCACGAUUAGUCUUGGACAUAGCCAGUCCGAUUAUCGAGGACACGGCGGCGACUGUGAGCAGAGCAUUGGUCGCGAGAGCGUUGAGCGUUCUCACGAAACAAGAGUUGCUUCCCUAGUCCCUAGUUAGAUUAAGAGGCGAUAAUUGAGCUCGACACGUUUCGUUAAUCGGGAUAAUGAAUUAUUUAUUACGCGUGCAAUAAUAUGAUGUUUCACGUGAAAUAUUGUACGUAAUUGAAUAGCGGAUUAGAAAUGAUUAGAAAGAUUUUUCGUGUUGAAAAAAAAUUAAGGAAUAAUUAAACUUUGUACUCGAUGUUAAUAGAUCGAUAGUUAGAAAUAGAAAAGAAAGAAAGAAAGAAAUUGAACGGGGAACGUGUUGAAGAGAAGAGAAUUUUCUUGUUCGAUUUUUCUCGUACUUAUAAGUAAUUAAGUAGUUUCGAUA